CAACGGUUAGCGCGCUGAGCGCCUGGGCUCGGUGAGAGAACUGCAGGCCUGGUUGCCGCUUUCCCCUUCACGGACUUUCCUUCCUCCAUUUCCUCUGAGGGUUUGGAGACGAGGCCAUCUGGGGCUGGCUGUCCUCUUUAGCCCGGGGACUUUUGCCAGAAAGCUGCGUGAGAAGGACCAGCCCGGGUACCCAGGCCCGAGGGCGCGUGGAGGUGGCGAUCCUGAGGGUCGGAGGGAGCGGCGUUAAUCCAGAUAAUGGAUUCUGAAUUAAUGCAUAGUAUAGUAGGAAGCUAUCUUAAGCCUCCAGAAAGAGUGUUUGUUCCAUCAUUCACCCAGAAUGAUGAAUUAUCUCAGAAUCACCACUCUGUGAACUUUGAAGUUACCUCUCCUAAAAUGCUUCGUAGUCCAAAUAGCCAAGCUCUUAUUUUAGCCUUAAAAACUCUUCAGGAAAAGAUUCAUCGUUUAGAGUUAGAGAGAACACAAGCUGAGGAUAACCUGAACAUUCUGUCCAGAGAAGCAGCACAGUAUAAAAAGGCCUUGGAAGAUGAAACAAAUGAGAGAAAUCUGGUACACCAGGAACUGAUAAAGCAGAAAAAAGAUAUAAGUAUACAAUUAAGCUCAGCUCAGUCUCGCUGUACACUCCUAGAGAAGCAACUAGAAUAUACGAAGAGAAUGGUUCUCAAUGUAGAGCGAGAGAAGAAUAUGAUCCUAGAACAACAGGCCCAACUUCAAAGGGAAAAAGAGCAAGAUCAUAUGAAGCUGCAAGCAAAACUUGAAAAGCUUGACACUUUAGAAAAAGAAUGUUUUAAACUUACAACAACUCAGAAAACUGCUGAGGACAAGAUUAAACAUUUAGAGGAAAAACUUAAGGAAGAAGAACAUCAGCGUAAGCUAUUUCAAGACAAAGCUUCUGAGCUUCAAACUGGACUUGAAAUCAAUAGAAUUUUAAUGUCUUCAGUAUCAAACCCAAAACGAUCUAAGGAAAGAAAGAAAUCUUCAAAGAAAACUAAAUGUUUAAAAAGAGGACCACCUCAGCAACUUUAUUCAAAGUCUGGAUCACUGCCCAUUGUGGCUGAGAAGUCUGCCAGUGCACACCAUUCUGCAAAUACAAGUAUGCAAAACCUCCUGCAAAUGAUGCAACAUUAUGGGUCACAUAUUCUUCAGAAACCCACUGAAGUUACUGAGCCUAGAUGUCUCUACAAGCCUACUAGAACAACUUCCCAGUGUAAAGUUGUACCUCCUAACUCAGAAAAAUCUGUUUCCAUUUGUGACAAUUUGUCUGAACUUUUGAUGGCAAUGCAAGAUGAGCUGGACCAAAUGAGUAUAGAGCACCAAGAACUACUGAACCAAAUGAAGGAAACUGAAAGCCAUGCAGUCUCUGAAGACAUAGAAUGUGAACUAGAGCAUUUAGUCAAGAAAAUGGAAAUUAAAGGAGAACAGAUUUCCAAACUGAUUAAGCAUCAAGACAGUGUUCGUAAACUGCAGCAAAAAGUUCAAAACUCAAAGAUGCGUGAAGCUUCAGGUAUUCAACGAGAAGAUAGCAACCCUAAAGGAUCACAGAACAUAAAAAAUCGCCCCAGAAAAUGUUUGCUAAAUAACUCUCUUCAGAAGAACAGCAAUUUUCAUCCAACACAAGUCCAUAAUCUUCAAAUGAAAUUGAGAAGAGAUGAUAUCAUGUGGGAACAGUAACACUAUAGCAAAACUGUCACCUUAAAUGAACUCUUGUCAGUGAGAUCUUGUGUUGUUAAAAUGGCUUUAAUUUAAUAUAUCUUUAUGAAAUUUCGAAUUAUGUUUCUAGCCUCUAUGAAGUGUCAAGUUGUAAUAUUUUUUUAAUUAAUGCCCAAUGACCUCCUAAGAGUCCCAAAUAAUAAAUGGUAUGCUUUUUUGUUUUUCUUGACUGAAAUACUAAUCUCACCAUAUUUUAGAAACAUUGUUCACUUUUCAGAUAUCUUAAGCUAAAUCUAAGAAAUUAUACUAGAUUGAUGAUAUUUAAAAUUGAGUUCAACUUGAAAUACCAUUUCAAGUACCAUUCCACUUUUUCAUUUAGUAGGCCUGUAACCCUAAGAACCAAUAUAAAAUGAACAGAGUAUGGAAAGGUCUUUUAGUUUUCCUAGUACUACUUCCCUAUCUUGCUUUAGAGCUGUGAAAUACUUUUCUUUCUUGGAAAUGGAAAAACUUUGUGAAGAGGCCUUUAGCCCAAGUUUCUAUGACAAUUACAAAUAAGAACCCAUAAUUACUUCAUUUUUAGAUGACAUGCCAACUGCAGAAGCUUUACUAUUCUCAUUCUCUUUUACAAACCCACUUUUAUAACUACAACUUUUGACAACUUUUAGUUUUUGUAUUAUAUAUAAUAUUCAUCAGUAUAAAUUGAGAAUGUGAGUUUCCAGGACCCGCAAAUUUUUAAUAGAAAAAUAUACGAAGAAGUUGGACAUUUCAAUGCCUCAUCCAGCAAAAAUUUGGGAAAAUAUUUUUAUUUUUUAUAUUUUUAAAUCAGUGCUGUAAAAGAGAUUUCUAUGUUUCUAUGUAUAAUAAUAAAUUUACAUUUGUUUACCUAUC